GCCGCUGGAGGGAGGAGACAGAGGAGGAUCAUAUAAAAGGGGACACAGCGCAAGCUGUACGGCACAAUCGGAGAGAAAACAGUGAAUUGGUGUGGACAUAGACCAAACUACAAAACCUACAGAACUACAUCCUAACUGGGCCACAAUGGAGACAGAGAAGACUCAGACACCAGUAGAGCAGAUGACUGACAGAGAUCUGUCAGAACAAAUCAAAAAGGUGACAAAGGAUAGUCACGUCAGGGCAGAAAACACAGAGCUGAUGCUGAGCUUCCAGAGGGGAAAAGUCACCCUGGAACAGUACAAGCUCCUCCUGUGCUCACUACAUGAGGUUUACCAGGCCUUGGAGGAAGAGCUGGACAGGAACUCCAACCACCCUGGUGUCGCACCCAUUUACUUUCCAGCUGAGCUGGCCAGGCUGGAGGCCAUCGAGAAAGACCUGGAAUACUUCUACGGCCGGGACUGGAGAGCGAAGAUUGUUGUCCCCGCGGCCACUAAAAGAUACUGCCACAGACUCAGACAGAUUGGUAAAGAAAACCCUGAAUUUCUGGUCGCCCAUGCUUACACCCGGUACCUCGGUGACCUGUCUGGAGGGCAGGUCCUGGGUCGAAUUGCCCAGAAGUCCAUGGGGCUGAAGAGCGGCGAGGGUCUGUCGUUCUUUGCCUUCCCUGGUGUGUCCAGCCCCAACCUGUUCAAACAGCUGUACCGUAGCCGGAUGAACAGUGUGGAGCUGACGGAGGAGGAGAGGAACGGCGUGCUGGAGGAGGCUGUCAGAGCCUUUGAGUUAAACAUUCAGGUCUUUGAUGAUUUACAGAAGACGCUGAAUGUCACUGAAAACAAGCAGCAGAACUGCGUGACACACUCCGGUAACACAGCAGCAAAGACACUCCAGAUCCCCGGAGCCAUUAUCAAAACCAACCCACUGCUCAGGUUGGUCCUGGGACUUUUUGUGGCUCUGGUCACAGUCAGUAUGGGAAUCUAUUCCUUUUAGACAAGAAAUACUAUGUAUUGGAUAUGUUGCUAUUAAUGUUGUAAGAUAUUGUGUAUACUGUAGUGUCUCAUUUUAUCAUUGUAUAAGUAAGAAGAUUGUGAGAAAUGGACGAUCCAGAGUCAAAAUCCUCGUAUGUGUACACAUACCUGGUUAAUAAAGUUGAUUCUGAUAUUUGCUUCUGUGCUGUAAGACUAUUAAAAAGCUUUAUCUGGUUAUAAUUUUAACGGUCUGUAAAUGACAAAAUACUGUGUAUUAUUUUAGCAAUUUGACUGAGAACCACAUUUGUAAUAUGUAUUCAUGAAUUUCCUGUUGUCCAAUGUGCAUAAAAAUGUGCAAUAUGUGUGCUUUUAAUACAGCAAAUAUGCUA